UCCCCCUUGUAACGGUUGUAACCUAGAGCUCUCUCGUUAUCUGUUAUCAUGAGGUUAGAAAAGAUAACAGGCGUUUGUAGGGUCAUCACCGCAUUCCAGUUUUCUUCUGUUUCUCAAAGUUGCAACGUCAGAUUUAUCUGCAAGAUGUCGACAGCCAGCUCUCCUCCCAAGGUAUUUGUCACGCGCUACGUCCCGCCCGUGGGAGUAGAGGUGUUGUCGCAACAUUGUCAAGUCGAUCAAUGGAACACACAAGACCCCAUUCCCCGGGGCGAGUUACUAAAACGCGUGCAGGGCAUUGAGGGUCUGUAUUGUUUACUGACGGAACGCAUUGAUAAGGAGGUGUUGGAUGCGGCAGGUCCUCAACUGAAAGUUGUAUGUACCAUGUCAGUAGGAUACGAUCAUGUAGAUGUGGCUGAAUGUCGAAAAAGAAACAUCAGAGUUGGUUUUACUCCGGACGUACUGACCAAUGCCACCGCUGAGUUGACCGUCUCUCUUUUGUUGACCACCUCUCGAAGGCUGUAUGAAGGAAUAAAAGCGGUUCGUGAGGGAAAAUGGGGAACAUGGAACCCAGUUUGGAUGUGUGGACAAGGAGUAGAUGGUGCCACUGUGGGGAUAUUGGGGUUAGGGAGAAUAGGAUUUGCUGUCGCGCAGAGACUUAAGCCAUUUGGUGUUGGAAAAUUCUUGUACACUGACUCUGAAACCAAGUCAUAUGAUUCAGAGGUGGGAGCGGAACAUGUUGAUUUUGACACGUUGUGUAGGCAGUCAGAUUUCAUAUUGGGCUGUUGUGCUUUAACUGAGGAAAAUAAAGGCUUGUUUAACAAAGACGCAUACUGUAAGAUGAAGAAGACGGCCAUUUUGAUCAAUACGAGUCGAGGUGGUCUGGUCAAUCAGGAGGAUUUGUAUGUGGCUCUGAGCACUGGUCAGAUUUUGGCCGCUGGACUAGACGUAACUGUCCCUGAGCCUCUUCCUCUGGACAGCCCGCUGAUGAAGCUGGACAACUGCAUUGUGUUACCACAUAUAGGCAGUGCAACAGAGAAAUCUAGGGCAGCUAUGUCCGAGCUUACCGGUCAAAACAUUGUUGCUGCUUUGCAGGGCGAGAAAAUGCCACGCGAGGUUCCUUAUUAGAAUUUUAGUUAAAUUUCUUGAAAAUAAAAUGAAACUUGUUUUAUUUCCAUCAAUAAAAAUACCAAAGAAAUGAUU